UGACUUGUAUACUUAUCGAUAAUUAUCAGAACGCGAAAGGACUGUUUAACGACGUGCAAGUCUAACUCGUAGCAGAGUAUGUCAUCCAACAACCUCGCUCGUCCGCCCGUCAUGGGAAAUACUGCUGCUGUGUCUCCAGGACACCAGAAACCCAAUUCCGUCAAUGUCAAGGGUUUCAAGAUCUCAACUCAGAAACUCCCCAUUCUCAAAGCUGAUCCCAUUGAGGAAAUGACAAAAAAACUUGGGAUCGCACCACCAGAGAUGAUUUUCGGCGAUAAUUACGUUUCGAUCGAGCACGAGAAGAGCGGGUGGAGCAUAACCUUUAAUGCGUUCGAUGCCCUGGACCGAGUCGAUAAGAAGGGCGAGUCGAUGCUCAAGGUCGCAUACUCGAAAGAGUGGCAGGAAAGCAGAGAGGCAACCCAUGAAGGUAUCAAGGAGGUCGUGAAACCAUUCGACUGGUCGUACAGUACCGAUUACGCGGGCACUGUGCAUUGCCCCACGACUCGUCAGUUCGAAGAAACCUUGAAUUCCAUCCCGAUCGAAUUACUUAAACGCCCUGACCCUAUCCUAUUUUUUGACGACGUUAUAUUAUACGAAGACGAACUCGCUGAUAAUGGCAUUGCUAUGCUCUCUUGUAAGAUUCGCGUCAUGCCCGCCAGACUGCUUCUGCUUUCGAGAUUUUUCAUGAGAUUAGAUAAUGUGCUCUUCCGAAUCCGAGAUACAAGGGUAUAUAUAGAUUUCGAAAGCAUGGAAGUCACAAGAGAGUAUCAGUCUAAGGAAUCCGACUAUGAGACAGUUCGACAAAAACUUGCAAGCUUAAGAGAUGACAUACCCGCCAUUAUGAGAGAUCCGAAUAGGCUUUCCGAGAUUCUUCCACUCGUCGAGAGGCGACUGGAACGGGUCAACCUAGGAAACUAGCCGGUUUCGAGAGCUUCAGAUACAAGUAUCCUAUCCACCAAAUAGGCAGCAGAAUGUCAGCUCGAUGAGUAAGAAUUGCAGAAAACGCUUUCCAAAGAUGGAUAUCGCUAGCCCCAUUUUCUCACCCUCCAAAGGUAUUUCAAACCGGAAUCAGGCCACAUAGCCUUACCCAACAGCCUUCAGAAGCUCAUCUGGUCACGGACUCAGCCUCAAUGAGAGCAUCAGUAGAGGACGAGGAGAUUCGUCGGCAAUCGCAGAGGUUGUGGUGCGAGUCUUCCAUUACUUUUAAUGUACUCCGUCAUUUCUCUAUGCCGUUGGCAGACCAUACCCAGGUAACCACCCAGCAAUGAUACCCAAUACUUUGCAUCCAAAUAUCAUUUAUCAUGAAUAACUUUGAGUAUUAGAACAGUGUAGAUAGUUCGGGGCGAAAAUAAGAGAAUAGAACCCUAAAGAGGAUUCGAUCAUUGAUGCU